GUGAGAUUGAGGGAUCGGGUGAGGUUACUGAAGUUGGUAAACUCCGGUGCCUCCCCUUCCCACGGAGAGCUCGAAGCCGAAGCGGGGAACUUUGAGCUCUCAGAGUCUGGUUUCCGGCGGACACUAUUAAAUAUCGGACCCCUCGAAGAUGGCGGAGCUCUCUUCAGAGGCUGAGUUGGGGUCCCGUUCCGAGCCACCCGAGGAUGACUUCAAAAAACCGGUCCUACCCUUGCUCUCGGGGCCGGGAGAGCAUGCCCCGGGCCCCGCUUCCCGGGAGCGGGAGAAGCGGAAAGAGGAGAAAAAGGAGCCUCCGCCGGCCGGUGGUCUUGGAGAGCAGGGAGCCAGGCCGGUCCGGCGGCGAGACGUCGAGGAGGAACCCGGACCCGGGCCCCCUGCCGAAGGCAAGCCGCGGCAGUCUAGAGCAGCAACUGGGGCUCCUCCGGUUGGAAGCCCAGCUCCGGCUCCCCCAUAUAAGGAACCAGAGUGGGGAGGCCCUCCCGACGCUCCCUACAGCCUGGAGACUCUGAAGGGAGGGACCAUCCUAAACAACCGCAGUCUGGAGGGCCAGAGCCGCUGCGUGUUCGGGCGUCUGCCUAGCUGCGACGUGGUCCUGGAGCACCCUUCGGUAUCCCGCUUCCACGCCGUGCUGCAGCACCGGGCGCGGGACCCGGCGGGGGAAGAAGACCCCAGCGGACCCGGCUUCUACUUGUACGACCUGGGAAGCACCCACGGCACCUUCCUCAACAAAACUCGCGUGCCGCCACGCACCUACUGCCGCGUCCGCGUGGGCCACGUCCUCCGCUUUGGAGGGAGCACCCGGCUUUUCAUCCUGCAGGGACCAGAAGAUGAUAAGGAGGCAGAAUCCGAGCUAACGGUAACUCAGUUGAAGGCUUUGCGAAAGCAGCAGCAGAUGAAAUUAGAGAAGAAGAUGUUGGGUGAAGACUCAGAUGAGGAAGAGGAGACAGAUGCCACAGAAGAGACGAGAAAUACUAGUAGUCAGGAUAUUGAGAUGGGGUGUACUUGGGGAAUGGGAGAAGACGCUAUUGAAGAUGAAGUUGAAGAGAACCCUAUUGUUAUAGAGUUUCAACAGGAACGUGAGGCAUUUUAUAUAAAGGAUCCCAAAAAGGCUCUGCAGGGGUUCUUUGAAAGAGAAGGAGAAGAAUUAGAAUAUGAAUAUGAUGAACAGGGACACAGUACCUGGCUUUGCAGAGUUAGGUUGCCUGUGGAUGAUUCAUCAGGAAAACAACUGGUGGCUGAGGCCAUUCACUCAGGAAAGAAAAAGGAAGCAAUGAUUCAGUGCUCCCUGGAAGCUUGUCGAAUGCUUGAUGCUUUGGGUUUGCUACGUCAGGAGGCGGUAUCUCGAAAAAGGAAAGCCAAGAACUGGGAGGAUGAAGAUUAUUAUGAUAGUGAUGACGAUACAUUCCUUGAUCGAACUGGCUUGGUUGAGAAGAAGCGACUUAACAGGAUGAAAAAAGCUGGAAAAAUUGAUGAUAAGCCAGAGACUUAUGAUUCACUGAUUGGAAAGUUGAAUAAUGCAGAGAAAGAACUUGCUGAGAUUUCAGAGAAGUUGAAAGUCUCAGGCAAAACUCUGUCAGAAUCUACACCUCAGGAUUCUUUGGAUGCAUUCAUGACAGAAAUCAAAUCAGGGAGUACAUUAGAUGGUGUGUCCCGGAAAAAGCUUCAUUUAAGAACCUUUGAGCUGAGGAAAGAGCAGCAGAGACUUAAAGGGCUGAUUAAACUUGUGAAACCAACAGAGAUGCCAGAGCUAAAAAAGACUGAAAACCAGGCUGAAAAUGUGGAAAACAAGCCUAAAAAGCUAACAUUGCCUCUUUUUGGUGCAAUGAAAGGAGGAAGCAAAUUUAAAUUAAAGACUGGAACAGUAGGGAAAUUGCCCCCUAAGCGUCCAGCACUCCCUCCAAGUUUAAUAAGAAUGAAGGAUGAGCCUGAAGAAGAGGAAGAGGAGGAAGAAGAAGAAGAGUACAAAGAAGAAAUAGGAUCACUGGAUCAUGCAUCUCUUAAAAUAGAAAUGCAGUCAGAAGAAGCAUUGCAAGAAAUUUGUCCAACUCCAAAUCUUUCAAAUCAGAACAAACUGAUAGACACCAGACAUGAAACAGAAUCCUCAGGUCAGCCCAGUCAGGAAGGACCAAACAGAAGAUGUCCAGAAAGUGAGAGAGAAGCCCCAGCACAAGGGGAAUCCUCUGAGUCAAAGAAUAGCUGCAAACAGAGCAAGGAAGUACUGAAGAAAGCUGCUGGUCCAAGCGGACAGAUACCACAAAUCCUUUCUUCAAAGUAUCCAGAAGAUGAUCCAGACUACUGUGUGUGGGUACCACCUGAAGGCCAGAGUGGUGACGGCAGGACUCAUCUUAAUGAAAAAUAUGGCUAUUGAUUUCUUCGAGCUCCCAAGUCCUUUCUUAUAUUUGUUACUACCCAAGAGGUAACAUUGUGGCACAUGCGUUAACCAGUGCAGCUUGUCAUCAUUUCAAGUUGAAUGGCCAAGGAUAAGGCAUUUGGGCAACCAUUUGUAAAAAAUCUCUUCAUCCAGAUUCUUGACUUCCUGAACAGAUGACCUUUGAUCUUUGUUUCCUUUUGGAAAAGAUUCAUGUGCUUGGUGUUCCUGCAUCAAAGUGAGUUGUGUAUGUAUGUAAGAUAAGAACUGUAUAUUUCCAUGCCAAGUAAAACAAGGAAAAAAACGUUUUCAUGGGUUUUUUACAUCAUUAAAAAUGAGAUAAAAUAUUUCUAUAGUUAUUGUAUAGAGGUUGGAAUUCUAGACUUAAGAGUCCAGACAACUAGAAUCAAAGCCAUUUUUUAAUACUUAGUUGGUGUGUGAUCAAGAAUAAGUCAUUUAAAAGCUCUGAAUCUUUGUUCCCUCCUCUAUAAAGAGAAGAUAACAAUACAUACCUCACAGGGUUAUUGUGAGAAAUGAAUGAGAUAUUCUCUGUUAAAGAGCUUAAAGCAUUUAAAGCUCUACAUGAAUGCAGCUUUUUUCGUUGUUGGAAUCCUGUGGGCAUUUUCCUUAGUCAAAAGAUAGUUUUACUUUUUAGGGCUUUAGUCCCAAGAGAAGAUUGAGGGAUAUAUUAGCUUCAGGGCUGUCUUGGUAUCCAUGAAACAUUGGAAGACCUCUGGCACAUAAAAGGAGAAACCAUCCUUUCUGUAGGAUUUAUGAAAGGUGGAUGUCAUAGAUUGAGGAGUGGAUGAGUUGUAACCUGCAUCAUUUCAGAGUGUCUCCAUCAUUGAGGCCACAGAUCCAUUGAAGUAAAAAUGCCAAUAAGAAUCAAACAAGCUGAAAAAGGAGGUACCUGACUUGUGCAUAGGGGCUUUGUCAUCAGCAUCUCAGGCCUUUCCUUUUUUAAAUUUCCAUUUAGAAGGUAGGGACUGAGUUCCUGAGGAUUAUUAAAGUUGUCAGAAGUCUCACUUCAGAGUAUAUAAUCAUAGAAUUAACCAACCUUAUGUUUCUGUCCUAUUUGUUCUCUCCCUACUUUUUUCAUUAUUUCAAGAGUCUUUGGCUGGCAGCUGGCUUGACUUGUGGUUCCUAGGGUUUCUUCCCAACACCCUGCAGAUGCUGGAGCAGUUUACCCUACACUGUAGGCUUCCCAUAGUCUUUGAGGAGAAGUGAUGUCUAGCUUUCUUGGUGCCUGGUAGAAAGAAGUGACAAAAAGCCACUGGAAUUGCUAAGGGCAGAAAUACCUAGCUUUUGGAUUUAGUGACCCAUUUUAUCCAGAGACAAAAAUGUAUUCCUUACAUAUCAUUGUAUUUAUGCCAUUUUAGAUGGAUUGUUUGGAAGACAUUACUAAAAAGUAAUGUUUACCAAACCAAAUCUGGAAACCAAGUGUUCCCCACACUGUGACUAAGAGAGUCCAUGAAAAAUGGCAGCCAUGGAGAUAUUUCCUUUCAAAUAUUAAAUAUGAAAUUAUAUAUAAAAACAUUGUGGUAAUUUCCAGUAUGAAAAGAGACUUCGUUUCCUUAUUUUGUUAAAAAAAAUUCCUUUGUACUAAGUUCAAAGACUUGUUUUUAAAUCCUGAUAUUCUCUCUACGACCCUAAGCCUCAGUUUCCUCAUCUGUAAGAUGGGGAUAAUAAUAAUUUGAAUUGUUGUGAGGCUUAAAUGAAAAUUAUGUAAAAUAUUUUGCAAACUUUAAAGUACUAUAGUAAUGUCAUUAUUUUGUGACUUUGGAUACCUUACUUCAUUUUUGCACCUGUUUUCUCAUUUAUAAAAUGGAGAUAUUUGCAUCAGUAUUUGCACUACCUAGUUCACAAAGAUUGGUGUGAGGGAAAAUGUGCAAAUUAUAUAUAUAUAUAUAUAUAUAUAUAUAAUAGCCUUAAAUAUAGGCUAUUACAUUUGUUUCCUUGAGCACAUAAGAGUCUGGGCGAUCGAAAUGAUCAGUGGAGAAGAGAGGAGUCAAUUUAUGUUUCUCUUUAGGGUUAUUACUAUCCUCAUGGGCAUAGUCCAACAAUUAUCCCUCCCAAUAAAUCCAGAACCUCUCAACACAACCCUAGGAACAUUAUUGAUGGUUGACUUCUUUGUUCCCAGGUAUAUGACUUUUUUUAAUAUCUUGAGAUGAAGUGACCCUGUUUCUGCCUAGUCCAGGCUUCUGUCCAGUUCUAGUCCUGUAGAAAGAUAUGUGCAGAACUUGUGCAACAAAGUAAAAGAAUUCUGACCCUUUAACUCUCCUUUGCCAUUUCUAACAAAUCUAGGAGCAGAGAUGGAGGGAAAGUAUUGGAUACUGGAGGAGCUAACUGAUUAAAAUGUGCUGUCUCUUUCUUCUGAAAACCUGUAGAGAGCCUGCUUACUGCUUUGAAUCUACUUUGGAUUCAGCUUUUCCCUUUCCCCUUUUUUGGAGGGAGAAAUUUCUCCUCCCAUGGUGCUGGAUACAAUGAUGGCCCAUUGCUGCUCCCUUGUGGCCUUUCCUGUAAUAGCAAGACAGUUUCUACAACAUGAAUCCUAUCUCUGGGAUAGAAUGUAAUAGCUAGGUCAACUCUCAUGGCUAAAUCCAACAGCAGCCCAAGCAAUCAGAAGAACAAAUCUGGCAUUUGGCUCAGCGAUUGACACAAAAUUCCCAUGGAUAACGUAACAUCAAAUAAUGACCUCUCCAGGAUCUAAAGGCUUCAUAUUUAUGAUGUUGCCACCCGUAAAUAUUAACAUUUAUUGCUCACCAAAUUCUGUAUUUGAGAUGUUUAAAAAUAUUUUCAAGUUUAAGAUGGAUGUGGAGCUAUCUGUGUGAUGAAAAACCUAGAAAUCUCCUUUCCCCCAAAGAAGAUCUGGCAUAGUAAGGGCUAUUUUAAUUAGAAAAACCUGUUAUUAAAAACCAGCUUAACCUAUGUAAGGCUCUAUUUUGAAAAUAUCUUGGACUCCUUCACUGGCCUUUAUUUCCCCAAAGCCAGUCAGUCAUGUCCCAUCAAUUCUUUCUGCACAUUGUUUCCAGUUGUUUCUUCCCCCUCUCCUCACCAUAUUGAUACUGCCUUAGUCCUCAGUUUCAUUACUUCUUACACAAUUUUCGAAGAAGCAUUUAUUAAUUGUCUGCUAUAUUGCAGGCUAGAUGGUUGGAAGAGUUAGGUGGUUCAGUGGAUAGAGCACCGAGCCUGAGUCAAAGUUACAAUUUGGCCUCAUUCACUAGUUGUGGAACUCUCAACAAGUCACUUAACCUCCCUCUCCCUUACACUGGAGAAGAAAAUGGCAAACCACUCCAAGAAAACUCUAUGGGAAAUAUGAUCCACAGGGAAUCCAUAGGGUCCCGAGGAGUUAGAUGUACCUGCACAACAAUAUUCCAGGCAAUAUGCUGUGCCCUGGGGAUACAAAGAAAAGGAGAACCAGCCCUUGCCCGCAAGGAGCUUACUGUCUAAUGGAGGUGACAACGUUUAAAUAAGGAUGUACAGACAAUAUAUACAGGAUAAAUGGGAUAAAUAUACUCAGGUAUAUUUGUAUGUUCUUAUUCUUAAAGAAAAUGGAACUAGAAGAGAAAAAUUAUCACAGAAAUGAGAGUCAUGGCUAGUGUCAGAAGCUGCAGGGAAGUCAGGAAGAUUGAGAACUGAGGAAAGGCCAUUAGAUAUGGUAAUUAAAGAGAUCACUGGUCACUUUGCAGAACAGUUUUGAUUGAAUGAUGGAAGUGGAAGCCUGACUACAGAGAGUUGAAAGGAAGUAGAAGCCUCUUCAAGGAGUUUGGUCACGAAAGAAGAGAGAUAUGGAAUGAUAGCAGGGAUGUAUGGAUUAAGGAAGUGUUUUUUGAGAAUGAGGGAGAUGAGCAAGUUUGUAGGGUAUAUGAAAGCAGCCAGUAGACAUAGAGAUAUCAAAAAUUAGAGUGGGAAUGAUAGGGUGAUCUGAAAAAAGACCAGAUGGAAUGGGAUCACUUGUACAUGUAGAGGGGUUUGCUCUGGCAAGAAAGGUCACCCUCAACAUGUGAAACAGGUGAAUGGAAAGCAUCUGAGUGAGGUCAGAGAAGUAGGAUGAGAGAAAAUACCUGCGAAUGGUCUCAAUUUUUUAUUCUCUUUUUUGCACUUAGGGUUAAGUGAUUUGCCAGGGCCACACAACUAUAAAUGUGUCUGAGGUCAUAUUUGAAUUCAGGUCCUUCUGAUUCCAGGACCGGUCCCUGCUUUAUCCACAGCACCAUCUAGCUGCCCACCAAUUUUUUAAAUGAGAUAUGAGGCAAAAUUUUUACCUGAGAAGUGAGGAAAAACAAGUUAUGAGAGAUUUGGAAAAGAGUUUGUGGUGGUGAUUGUGAUAAUCGACUCCAUUAGGGAUGUGUAAAUAGAUUGCCUUGCCACAAUAAGGGCCUAGUUAAAAUAUGUAACAUAAAUUUGUAGUGAAUCUAGUCAGCCCAGUUUCAUGAUUUUCUCCAUCACUUUUCAAGAGCAUGUGAAUAGAAGCAAAGGCAGUAGACGAUGGAAGUAAAUGAAAGCUAAGGUUUGGGUGGACAGAUGUCUGGCUUUCUGCCUCAGCUGCAGUCUUACGUUGGGACUUUCAUCAGUUUUGGCCCUCUCACCUGGGAAGAUCCAUCUGACUCUAUGGCCUUCUAACCAUGCUGGCUCCCUUCUUCCACUGGUGAAUUCUUUUCAGGGCUUCCAUUUUGAGGAAGUCCCAGGCCAAAUCAACAUUCAUUCUCUGCCUACCUGUGCUUCUGACUUUCUGGCCAUCAAUCUCACUCCUAUUUUCCUACCUUCCUACUCUCCCUGCCUCCCUACCCACUUCAACUUUUUAUUAUAUUUUGUUUUGUCCCAUUAGAAUACAGGGUAUGGGGGUUUCCUUGCAUUUGUAGGCCUUGUGCACAGUGCUUGGCACAUGUUAGACGUUUUAAGAAUGCUUGUUGCCUGCCUGCAUAGGAUGAGAGGACAAGGGACUUUAAAGAAGACCGUGUCCAAAUGGGUCUAGGAGGAGAGUGUAACCAGUGAAAGGUUGAUAGCCUGGGAAGAAUGAGGGGUAGAGGGUUUGGAGGUCAUAAGAUUAAAAUCUGCAAGGCAGAGGAAAAAGUAGAACAAUAAUAGAUUAUGAUCUGAUAAGAAAAAUUCAGAAUUCAACUUACAGCAAUAAUCUAAUGGGUCCUCCAUUCUCUCUUAUCUAAUCCAUGCACAAUUGAUCUUCCUGAAACACUGCUUUUAUCAUGUCCCUCUGCUCCCCUGUCUACUCCUUGGAAAAGAAAGGGGUUGAAGUCAGAAAGAUCUUGCCUAGAACCAUGCCCAGAUUUAGGUGCCCACUGCGCUAGAGCUGUGGUUUCCAACUUUCAUCGUGAAUAUCUAUUGGUUAAAAAGUUGAGCUCUCAUCUCUCAUCCUUCAAUACGAAUAUAUUUAUAAAAUGGUAUUAUAUAACUUAAAGAAAAAGUAAAUUUCAAAAGUAUGAAAUGAUCUUGAGUCAAUAGGGAGUCCCUAGAGUUUAUUGAGUAGGGAAAUAAAAUGCUCAAACUUGCCCUUUAGUAAAAUCAUUGGCAGCUGCUUAGAGUGAUGGAUUGGAGACAGGAAAGAUUUAAAACUGAGAAACCAAUUAUGAGACUAUUGCCAUAAUCCAGGGGAGAAGUGAUGAAAACCUGAAGUAAGACGGUGGCUGUGGGAGUGGAAAGAUAGGAGAGACAGUGUAGAGGUAGAAAUGACAGGAAUUGGAAAUGGCCUGUGUAGUGUGAGUGAGAGGAAGGACGGCUGGUGUAGUGCCUUUAAUUAUAAAAAGAACAGAAGCCGGUUUUGAGGAAAAGAUAAUAUAAUGAGGUCUAAUGCAGAUUCAUGAUAGAGAUCUGAAUCUCUUCCUGCCUAUUCAUCCUGGGUUGCUUUGUCCUGUUGAAAAUGAAAAUGAGAAUGAGGCUUUUGUCAGCCAUUGCCUUGGAGUACAGAGCCAGACGGGGGUCAGCCUGUUAAUGGCCAUGAGAAUCUGGGAGCAGGGUAAGGUUGGGGCAGAGAAUUUUCAGCUUCUAAGGAGCUGCUUGUGAUGUUGCAGGGAACUAGCAUCCAGUGCAAAAGAGGGAAGACAUUAAAAGUUUGCACCAAGGAUGGAGAUGAAAAAGAUGAAGUGUUGGGAGAUUUGGGGCAUGGAGGAGUGUGGUUGUGUUGGAAACAAACUCCAUGAUGGUUCUGCUGAGGAGGAUGGGAUGUUGCUCCUGUUUCUGUCCUCUAAUUAAAUGAUCGCUCCAUGGGGAUUAUAUCUCUGACAGGGGUGGAUAUAGGUCUCUACUUUGGAAACCACUGGUCUAGAAGACAGGAAUCAAGACUACACUUGGAAUACUACAACAUGGAAUAGACCCAGAACUUUCCAGCUCAGUCUUGGAACCAAGCCAGCUUCUAGGACAUGGCUCAGUGACUUGUAAAGGAUCCACUCUAGUCAGUAGGCUUUGCUGAACCACACAUGUACUUCCUGCUCUGGCUGCUUUUGGGGCUUUCUUCACUGAUUCAUAAACUUUGAAGGUUUUUUGGUAGCAGCUGAAGCUUUAGCUAGAGUCUUCUUGCUAAGAUGUCACAGGGCUUCCAUUAGAGAGUGAAGAAGGGGGAACUCCAACCAUUUUAUUUCUUUGUUAGUGGUUCUGAUUUAAAAAAAGAAAGUUGGAAGGAAGCAAAAUGCAAAUGAGAGCUUUGAGUUAUUUAUAGAUUUUCUUGUUCCAGUAAUGCCAGGAUUUUUUAACAAGGGCCCACAGAUCUUCAAGGGGUCAGUGAAUAUAUUUCAGGAAGCUGCAAAUUUGGCUUUUACAAUAUUUUUAUAGCUGUAUUUCAAUCUAAUUUUGUUUAUAAUUGUAGAUAUUUUAUGCAUUUAAAAAUAUAUUCUGCAAAGAGGUCCAUAGGCUAUAUCAGACAACCCAAGUGGGAAGUCUGUGACCAAAUAAUAAUAAUAAUAAAGGUUAAGAAUCCUGGCAUAGUCAAGUCAAAAGACAUCUAUUUGAGCCAGACACUGCUACUCUGGGAGUGUAAAUACAAAGUCCUUACCCUUGAGAAGAUUACAUUCUAAUGGGAGAAGACAGCAGUUAAGUUGAAGCUGAAAAAGGGUGGGCAGAUGAGAAGACGGAGGGAGGAUACCUGUAUGGACUUAUGGUAGGGAAAGUCUGGAGAGGUAUGAAGACAUAGUUGACUUGGUUAUCCUAAGGAGAAACUGGGAAAAACCAGACAAUCAGAGGAAUAGACUAAAGGGGAAAAGGGUACUCUCAAUGUGAGAAAUACAAGGGCGAAGAGAAUUUCCAGUGAGAAAGGCCAGGGUCAAGAGUAUAGCCUGGAACUCUGGAGAAACUUAAGGAGGUAAUCAGGAAAGUGAUAUCAUAAUGGUCAAAAGAUAUGAACAGACUAUUUUCAGAUAAUGAAAUUGAAACUAUUGUUACUCAUAUGAAAGGUGCUCCAAAUCAUUUCUGAUCAGAGAAAUGCAAAUUAAGACAACUUUGAGAUACCACUAUACACCUCUCAGAUUGGCUAAGGUGAUAGGAAAAGAUAAUGACAAAUGUUGGAGGGGAUAUGGGAAAACUGGGACACUGAUGCAUUGUUGGUGAAACUGAACGAAUCCAACCAUUCUGGAGAGCAAUUUGGAACUAUGCUCAAAAAGUUAUCAAACUGUGCUCACCCUUAGACCCAGCAGUUACUACUGGGCUUAUAUCCCAAAGAGAUACUAAAGAAGGGAAAGGGACCUGUAUGUGCCAAAAUGUUUGUGGCAGCCCUGUUUGUAGUGGCCAGAAACUGGAAAAUGAAUGGAUGCCCAUCAAUGGAGAAUGGCUGGGUAAAUUGUGGUAUAUGAAUAUUAUGGAAUAUUAUUGUUCUGUAAGAAAUGAUCAGCAGGAUGAUUUCAGAAGGGCCUGAAGAGACUUACAUGAACUGAUGCUGAGUGAAAUGAGCAGAACCAGGAGAUCAUUAUACCCUUCAACAACAAUACUAUAUGAGGAUCGAUUCUGAUGGAAGUGGCUAUCUUCAACAAUGAGAGGAGCCAAAUCAGUUCUAAUUGAUCAGCGAUGAACAGAACUAGCUAUAUCCAGCAAAAGAACACUGGAAAAUGAGUGUGGACCACAACAUAGCAUUUACACUUUCUGUUAUUUUUUGCUUGUUUACAUUUUUGUUUUUCUUCCCAGGUUAUUUUUACCUUCUUUCUAAAUCCGAUUUUUCUUGUGCAGCAAGACAACUGUAUAAGUAUGUAUACAUAUAUUGUAUUUAACAUUUACUUUAACAUAUUUAACAUGUAUGGAACUACCUGCUAUCUAGGGGAGGGGAUGGAGUGAAGGAGAGGAAAAGUUGGAACAGAAGUUUUUGCAAGGGUCAAUGUUGAAAAAUUACCCAUACAUAUGUUUUGUCAAUAAAAAGCUAUAAUAAAAAAUGGAAAAAAAAGAGAAAGUGAUAUCAUAAA